AUGCCUCUGCUCCAGCUGGUCCGGCACGCCGAGUCGGCCAACAACGCGCUCUACAACGAGAUCAUCUCCGAGUGUGGUGGAGCCGCGGCGGUGGCCUCCGACCCGAGCCUGCAGCGGCGCGUCGACGAGGAGGAGGCAAGGCGGCGGUCGAGCGACCCGCCACUCUCCGCGCGUGGCCUCGAGCAGGCUGCGCGGGUCGGUGAGCACCUCGCGGGAGAGAAUCUCGACUGCGCAUCGACGCUGCUGGUCUGCUCGCCGAUGCGUCGGGCCCUGCUCACCGCCGCGCCGAUUGCCCGCGGGCUCAAGGGUGCUGGUGUCGCCAACCUGCGCGUGGAGUGUCAUGCGCAGUACUUUGAGGCUGGCGGCUGCCACGAAGGCGGCCGAGCGUUGCCCGGCCGCACGUUCCAACAGAUCUGCGGCGAUCACCCGCUGGAUUUCGAUGCGGCCGAGUGCUUUCCAUCGCCAGACCGUGGCUGGUACUCGGCUGCCGGCGCGCCAGAAUCCGACGCGCAACCGCGAGCGGAGCGCAUGUGCCUGUGGAUCACCGAGCGGCUCGCGGCGCUGCCCGACACAGGACGCGUCAUCAUG